AGGGCCGCCGCAGUUACACACAGAAAGAGAGAGGGGCUAUCAACCCACACACACAGUGACGUGAAGAAAAUGGAAGUUUGAGAGGGAGAAGGGGGAACUGAUUUUCCUGUGAAAAGGAAAACUGGAGGGGUUUUUUCUUGUCGAGAAAAUGACGACGGGGAUAAUGCAGGAUCAGAAUCUGGAGAAGCAGAUUGGGAAGCAGAUUGGGAAGCAGAUGGGUUGCAUGGCUGGAUUCUUUCAUAUCUUUGAUCGCCACCAGAUUGUUUCCAGAAAACGCCUCUACUCCGUCAAGCGCCUUUCCUCUACUCCGGUUGUUGAAUCGACUCUGGAGUCACAGAAGAAUGUUGGUCUGCCGGUGAUGUCGAGGGAAUUGGAGAAGCAGCCACAAGGUCGGUCAACUCCAUCUCCGGAACGAUUCAAGCAAUCGCCGGUUCCGGAGCUCCGAUCACCAUUGCCGGGAUUGUCAACUCCGGCGGACAUUCCAGCCAAGAGUCCUCUUCGUCUUCCUAUUUUUGAAUUGAAAGAAGGGACAAGGUCGUCGUGGAAGUUUUCGAGAGAAUCUCCAAGGCUUUCACUGGACAGCAGAGCCAUAGUUGAUGCCAAGGGGAGCCUUAAACCGCGAGAGAUCCGGACGAAUGCGGCGAUUUUAUCGGCCAACCGAGAGAAUACUGUGGACGGAGUCGAUGAUGGCGACAAGCAACGACGGUCCCCUGGCGUAAUCGCGAGGUUGAUGGGACUCGAACCGUUGGCGGAUUCUGAUCCGGAGCCGGUCAAGACAGUGGAGCUGCGAAGAUCCUCAUCGGAGUCGAGAGUCUCCAGAGAUAUAUUUCACUGUCGAUUCAUCGACGGAGUCAAUUUCCAGCUUAAACCGAACCAGCAGACCAAUUUUCAGGGCCACAUUUCCAGCAAUGUGAUCAGAGAAAGUGGAAACAAACAAGGUCAAGCAACCAACUGUAGAUCAGGCGAUUCGAAAGAGUACAUUACAAGAAAUGCAAGAGGCGAACCGGCAAAAGCACCGUACAGAGGCAUCGGCCAACGGAAAUGCUUCUACGAUUCAGCGGAUUUCUUUCCGGAGCCGAAGCAGACGGUGUCUAUAUACAGCGAGAUUGAGAAGCGGCUCAAACUGAGAGGAAUUGACGAACCGCUAAAGGAUCUCGAGACUCUCAAGCAAGUCCUCGAAGCUCUGCAACUCAAAGGCCUUCUGCAUUCCAAGAAGCAGUCGGACAGCAGAAAUUUUGUCUGUGACCGGAUUUUCAAUCAUCAAGAAUCUCCAAUAGUGCCAGCAAGAUCACCGGUUGGACCUCGAAGGAUUGGUAACGAUUCACCUACCACCAGCUAUAGACCGAGAACAGGACCUGGCCGGAGCUGUGACAACUCAGGCGAGUCAUUACCGCUGGUCCGCCUGAGGAAUGUCCGGAAUGCAAGUAACGAAGGUGCUGGUCGGAAUGCGAUUUCGCCAGCAAGGAGUGAGAGUAGCUUGAAGAGUCCUAGCAGAAGGCCAUUGACUGUAGAAACAAGGAGGACAGGAAAUGACUCAGUGGAGCAGAGAAGAGUCUCUCCAGUUCAUUCCCCCAAGGUUCCCCUGAGGAGAACUGGAUCGGAUCAACUCACGAAUAGGUCACGGAUUAACAAGAAACCAACGGUAGAGACUAAUCAGAAGGAGGAGAGAGUCUUCGCCACGGCGGAAGAUGAAUUGUCCACCGUCUCCGGCAGUACUAUAAGCACGUCUUCCCCAACUGAUACAGAGAGAUCAAAGGUGGGGGAAUGCAGAGAAGGGAGGAAUCUUCUGGAAAGGUGUGAUAAGCUUCUGAGCAGCAUAGCAGAGAUCACUACCAUCGAUUCUCAGCCGAGUCCAGUUUCUGUGCUUGACUCGUCGUUUUACAAGGAGGAGUCGCCGUCACCGAUUAUGAAACGGAGCAUUGAUUUCAAAGAGCAAUUUGUUGAAUCUGAAGAUGAUUUGUGGAGUCCUGCAAUCUCAUCGGUGGAAUCAAAAUCCGACGAUUGUGAUUUCCUCUACAUUUCUGAUGUCCUAAGAGCAUCCAAUUUUUUCCCUGAGGAUUCUGAUGUGUUUCUACUUCUAGAGAAUCAGCAAUACCUCAAAGGAAAGGGCACAUCCAAAGUCUCAAGUCUACAACGGAGGUUAAUUUUCGACACCAUUAAUGAAAUUCUCAACCGCAAGGGACAAUUACCGCCAUGGAAGGUUAUUUCUUGGACAAACUCAAGUGGCGGGCAGACCUCAUUGCAACAAGUUUGGUCUGAAUUUCAGAAAAUCCGGGAGAGGGACAGAUCAGAGAAUUUGUUUGAGGUUAUCUGCGGCGUCCUCAAGAAGGACUUGGCAGGGGAUGCCAUUGAUGGAUGGGGUGACUGUCCAGUGGAGAUGUCGCAAGCCGUUCUCGACGUUGAACGGCUAAUAUUCAAAGACCUGAUCGGCGAAACCAUCCAAGAUCUCGCUGCCUUUGUUGGGAAAUUUAAUAAAACCCCCGCGCCAUGUAGGAAGUUAGUUUUCUAAAAGCAAGGGACGCAGAAAGUGAAGGGCUUCUUUGUUUAUUCCACUCCUUGUCUUUCUUAAUUUACGCUUCUUCUUUUUUUUCUUUUUUUUCCUACUAAUUUGCGAGUAGUUGGGAAAUCUAGGAUAUGUUUAAUCAUCCUGCACCUGAAAUGAGUGAAAUCCAGACAAUAUCCAGCGAUGAUUGCUUGUCUUUGCAAGCUGUAAAAAGGGAGGCACGAGAACUACUGAAAAUCUCGUGUCAAAAAAGUUUAUGUCUGAACUUUAAGGCUUAUGUGUCAUGUUGAGAUUUAUCAGUUUGUAAAGUAGUAGUACACUCUUUUUUUUUUUGGGUAAAAAGAGAGUAGUAAAAUAGCAUAAACUAGAGUAGUACGGUGUUUUUCUUCAGUCAAACGUAAGUUGAGAGUUUUACCUUGGACGGACCAAACUGCAAUGAGUAAAGAAUUUGAGAACUUUGUUGUAGAGACAUCGGGAGGUACGUGGCAAAUGAAAUGGGAGAUUAGUCACCCAUUUACAGUGUCGGUUAGGUCAGGAAAUGAGAAAAUCUAAAAGCUAUUCAUGCUUUCUAGCCGUCAAGGGAGAUCAAGGCGACGACAUGAGACACAGAAAGAGCUGGAGUACAUCCUACCUUU